CAAAUUCGUUGACGACAUUGCUUCCCCGUCUCUUCUCCUCCGCCUCUGCGCGUUCCGUCCUCCUUUCCCCGACAUUUUCUGUCGCUUUUCACUUCACUUUCCUCUUCACGCGUACAAGCCGCCUCUCCCGAUGGCUUGAACUACCGUAUCUCCUCCCUCCUUAUCCUUGCGUCUUCUCCAUAAAUAUCCGUCGGUCUCUGCCCAUUCUUGUCUUCUGCAACAUCAAUGCUCUCUUGCUCCGCAAGCGUCCCUCGAAAAGUUCGCACCUUUCUCCUUCGCCAUCGCAACAACUUUCCACCGAGAGGAAAAUCGCCUUCGUCUCCUGACAUUUGAGCUGCGGUUGAGGGUGCUCGGUAGGCUUGUCUUGAAAGGGAUUAGCGUGUAAGCAAAGUUUCUUGUGCUAUUCCUUGGUAGUUUUUGUUGGGUCGAAGUUUAAAAAUGACGGGAGGGCAGUCCAGCAAGAAGAGAAGUGAUGAUGCCCUGCCAAUUCCCCUCCCAUUGAACACGAAUGCCCAAUACAUGGCCGAUCUGACCUCUUACGAGGAUGCUUGUAGGACUGACCCUGAUUUGCAAGCCUUUGAUCACACCCUUCAUGAGCGUACAAACCGCGUCAUCAAUAGUCUUGCAGUCGGUGUAGAGGUUCGGUCUCUGUCUUUUGAGUCUCUGAGAGAAGUGACAGGUAGUCUGCUGGAAAUGAACCAGGAAGUAGUCAAAGUCAUUCUUGAAUGCAAGAAAGAUAUUUGGAAUAAUCAAGAACUGUUUGCUCUGGUCGAAGAUUACUUUGAGAACAGCCUGCAGACGCUAGACUUCUGCACUGCUCUGGAAAAAUGCCUAAAGCGUGCUCGUGACAGCCAAUUACUGAUCCAGUUCGCGAUCCAGCAAUUUGAACAAGUGGAAGACGGGAUUGAAGAGAACAAGUAUGCAAAAACCUUGGAAGAACUGCAGAAGUUUAGGGCAGCUGGGGACCCUUUUACUGAGGAAUUCUUCGUGAUCUUCCAAUCCGUUUAUAAGCAGCAAUUGGCAAUGUUGGAGAAACUACAAGUUCGGAAGAAGAAGCUUGAUAAGAAGCUAAAAUCUACCAAAACAUGGAAGAGGGUCUCUAACAUGAUUUUCGUCGCCGCUUUCGUGUCAGCAUUGAUAUUCUCGGUUGUGGCAGCAGCUGUGGCAGCACCGCCUGUCAUAACAGCUUUGGCUGGUGCGAUAGCUGUCCCAAUUGGCUCGGUGGGUAAGUGGUGCGACUCCCUGUGGAAGAACUACCAGAGUGCUCUCAAAGGGCAGAGGGAGCUGAUCAGCUCAAUGCAGGUUGGGACCUACAUAACUAUCAAGGACAUGGAUAGCAUUAAGGUUCUUGUCAGUAAGUUGCAGGUUGAGAUUGAGUCUUUUAUGCAAAAUGCUGAUUUUGCUUCUAGUGAAGAUGAGGCUGUCAAGCUCGCUAUAGGUGAAAUCAAGAAAAGGCUGGCAAUAUUUAUGGAAAGGGUCGAAGAUCUGGGUGCACAUGCUGACAAGUGUAGCCGGGAGAUAAGGAGGGCAAGAACGGUUGUGGUGCAAAGGAUAAUCAGACACUCAAAUGGCUAGAGAGAUCUCUACAGGCACGAACCUCUAAUACUCUGAGAACUCUUAGUCUAAAUUCUCAUGAAUUAUUGACCUUACCAAUUAACCUUCAAUCCACUAUGAUAAAGAUUGAGGGUGAGCAGUUUGUUGUAUUAGCAGUCUUAUAAAUGAUGUAAUACCAUUGCUGAUUUCUGUUUCCACAGCAGGAUAUUAGCUUUAUUAACCGCUUUUUCAUGGUUUGAUGCGAGUAUUUUUCGUGGAUUGUUCAUGACUUAUGGUCCACAUGUGACCCCAUGUGACCCAUGUCCAUCAAAAAAUUGCAGGAUGUAUAAACAUUUUUCAGUUCGUUGUGAUGAAUCCAGUCUCCUAUAUUUUUCUUUAA